UCGUCACGAGACACGACGCUCAUACGCUGUCCCGUCUUCAACCAUGUCUAGGCUGAACGACCAUAACCCGGAGAGCGGCAGGCCUACGCUGGCCUACUGGAACACCAGGGGUCUGGCGCAGAGCAUCCGCAACCUACUCAUCUACAAAGGCGUCGAGUUUCAUGACAGGCGCUUUGAGUUCGGCCAGCCUCCGGACUUCAGGAACAAGGAGUGGCUCAAGGAGAAGUUCACUCUGGGUCUCACGUUCCCCAACUUACCGUACUACAUCGACGGCAACGUGAAGCUGACGCAGAGCCUGGCAAUCUUGCGGCACCUAGCCAGGAAGUACGACCUCGACGGAAGGACGGAAGAAGAGACCACGGAACUGGACAUGUGUGAGCAGCAGGCAAGAGACCUGAUCGUGGGCUUGGUAAUGACAGGAUACAGUCCAAACUUUGAGGAUGCACGCAAGAAGUUCGAAGAAAAUUUGAUCAACGUGCUAGAACUCUGGGCCAACCACCUGCAAGGGCGCAAGUGGACCUUGGGCGACCGUCUGACCUAUGUCGACUUCUUGCUCUACGAGGCCCUGGACUGGAACUACGAGCUCCAUCCCGACGCAUUCGAGAUCCACCCCGAACUCCUAGAUUUCCUCAAGAACUUCGAAGAACUUCCAAACAUCAAAGAGCACAUGACGACAGAAAACUAUCGCAAGUGGCCGAUAACAAGUCCCAUGUGCCGGUGGGGAUACAGAAAGGCCUAGUUUUUGUACUUCACAUAUCACGUUGUUUUUCGCAACCAAAUCAGUUUUAUAAGUGCAUAAAUAUUUUCGGACAUAAAUUUGCUCACCCAAAA